AUGAUAAACUUCCGAUCGGUGACCAUCGACGAGAAGGCGAAAACCGCACGUGUGCAGGCCGCCGCAACCCUAGGUGAGCUCUACUACACAAUCUCCCGCACGAGUAGGACGCUCGCUUUCCCAGCGGGUGCCUGCCCUACAGUCGGCGUCGGCAGCCACUUACUCGGCGGAAGGUACGGCAUGAUGUCGCGGAAACACUCCCUCGCCGCGGACCACAUCGUCGAUGCCUUACUAAUCAACGCGGAAGGCGAGGUCCUGGACCGGCGAACCAUGGGCGAAGAUCUGUUCUGGGCAAUCAGAGGCGGCGGAGGCACAAGCUUCGGGAUCAUUCUAGAAUUCACUGUGACAUUAGUCACCGUCCUGGAAACCAUCACCGUAUUCAACGUGACGCCAACGCUGGAAGAGAACGCGACCCAUAUCGUCCACAAAUGGAAGCUCGUCGCAGACAAAAUCGACGACAAUCUCCUCAUGAGGAUAUUCAUAAACCCGACCAGCUCUCCGAAGACCGGAAGCCGCACCAUCGCAGCUUCCUUCACGUCGCAGUACCUCGGCAGGGCACGCGAUCUUUUACCGGCCAUGGGUGGAAAAUUUCCUGAACUCGGAUUGACCGAGCAAGACUGCGUUGAAAUGAGCUGGCCCGAUUCCCUUCUCUACUUCGCGUACAUCGGAAACAACACCUAG